CCCUGCACCAGCGGUAGGGGUACUCUUGGCGACCAUCUUUUAUGUUAGGACUGAUUGUUUAGCGAAUGCAAAAAUUAAAAAAUAACAGAACUAAGGGAUAUCAAGGAAAUAGAUAUACUUCCACAUUAAGAAAUAAGGCGAUCAGAAAACCAAAACAUAAAGGUACAAACGGUAUGAAGAAAGUAUCCUGGUGACAACGUCAUGGCAGACAAGAGAAAACUACAAGGUGAAAUAGAUCGAUGUCUCAAAAAGGUAGCAGAAGGUGUAGAACAGUUCGAAGACAUUUGGCAAAAGCUUCACAAUGCAGCCAAUGCUAACCAAAAGGAAAAAUAUGAAGCAGAUCUCAAGAAAGAGAUUAAAAAAUUACAGCGACUACGAGACCAGAUAAAAACAUGGGUGGCGUCUAAUGAGAUCAAAGACAAAAGACAGCUUGUGGAAAAUCGCAAACUUAUUGAGACGCAAAUGGAGCGCUUUAAGAUUGUGGAGCGGGAAACAAAGACAAAGGCUUACUCCAAAGAAGGCCUGGGUCUGGCACAGAAGGUAGACCCUGCUCAGAAAGAGAAGGAAGAGGUUGGCCAGUGGCUCACUAGUACAAUAGACACUCUAAAUAUGCAGGUGGACCAGUUUGAGAGCGAAGUGGAGUCUCUUUCUGUCCAGACCCGUAAGAAGAAAGGGGACAAAGAGAAGCAAGACCGCAUUGAAGAGUUGAAACGUUUCAUUGAAAAGCACAGGUACCACAUCCGAAUGCUGGAGACCAUCCUGCGAAUGCUGGACAAUGACUCAGUGCAAGUGGAAUCGAUCCGCAAGAUCAAGGAUGAUGUGGAGUACUAUCUCGACUCUUCUCAGGACCCUGACUUUGAGGAGAAUGAGUUCCUCUACGAUGACCUUGACCUUGAGGACAUCUCUGCCUCCGUGGUUGCCACCUCCCCACCUGGCCACUCUCACAUGGAGGAUGAGAUUUUCCUGCACUCAAGCAGCACCCCAACAUCCACCACCUCCUCGUCACCAAUACCCCCUUCCCCAGCCACUUGCACUAUGGACAACUCAGAAGAUGAUAAGAAAAGGGGACGUUCUACAGACAGUGAAGUUAGCCAGUCACCUGUGAAGAAUGGCAAUCCUUCAUUGUCAUCAUCAUCAUCAUCCUCUUCUUCCUCUUCUGGGACCUCUUCUUCCUCACUGGUCACCUUGGCCCCAGUUACAGGGGGCAGUGGGGCUGUCUCAGGGAGCAGUGGCCAUAUGGGUGGUAUUGGCGGGCUCUUGCACAGCCCUGGCAGCUUCAGUGCAGCGAUUCAGCAGCAGCCAUCACAACAGCAAAACCAACAGCAGCAGUCAUCUCAAGCCAAACACUCCUCUGUCUCUGGAGCACCUUCUGGCAGCAAUCCGAGCCCAUCAAAUCACUUUCAUCUUCCUGCAUCAACUGCCUCAUCUCCUCCAAAUUCCAAUACCCCAGGCACUGCUAGCCAAAACUCCCAACCUCAGGCUCCAUCUGGGCCCACUGCUUCCUCCAGUCUAGGCGCUGGUCUGAGCAAGAGUGGUAUGACAGGGGCAAAUGGUACAAACCAAGUAGGCCUCCCUGUGAUGCCGCCAUCAGUGAACACCAUGGCUACACCGUAUGCUCAGGCAGCUGCUGCUGGAGGGGUGGGGAGUGGGCUUGGAGGGUCAGUUGGAGGAAAUACUGGUAGUGCUGGCUCCAGUGUAGGGGGCACUGCAGGCAAUAAUAAUGGAAGUGGGUCUUCCUCGAGUUUGCUGGGUUCUGCUUCUGGACUUGGUUGUGCCAGCAGUGGGAUUGUAGGACAUGGCUCAGGACAAACGGUCACUCAGGGCUCAGCACAAGUGGCCCUGAGUCCAGCUAGUGUGGCUCCUGGAAGCGCAGUGGGAGCAAUUGGCAGCAGUGUGGGGACUGCAGGGACGAGUGGAGGAGGGAGCGGCCUUCCUGUCAGACCACCAAGUGGACAGAAACAGAACGGUAACACAAGUUACAGUGCUGUUGUAGCUGACAGCAUGCCAGACUCCACCCUUAACAGUGCCAGCCAAUCACAAAGCAGCCAGCCCUCUGCCUUGGGCUCUGCGGCCAAUCCACCUAAAGACAACAGCUCCAGCCUCUUGGAUUCUAUGACCCUGCCCCCUAGUUCCCCUUCUCCGUCCUACAGUGAAAACAAGCAAGCCAACAGCAGCCUGCAGAAUGGCCCUCACUCCUACACCGCAGGUUCAGAGGGCAUCAAGCUCGCUACAGAUCUCCGUCAGAUACUGAUGGGUACGAGGGCUGGACCACAGCUAGGAGAGCAACCCGGACCAAUUGCAGCAUCCACAAACACUCGAAAGAGAAAGCAGUGUCAGGCUCCGGAGCCCCUAAGCUCUCUGAAGUCCAUGGCUGAGCGAGCGGCACUGGGUUCCAGCCUAGAGGGAGACAUGCCUGGCCUGCACCUCCCUGACAGAGACAUCUUUUCUGGAUCAGGUGCACCUUCUGGACUGCCAGCAGCUCCCCAACCAUCUCUUUCUGAGGUCAGCAUCCCCCCUUCACUGGGAGUGUGUCCUCUGGGCCCUGUUCCUCUGUCCAAAGACCAGCUGUAUCAGCAGGCCAUGCAGGAGUCUGCAUGGACCCACAUGCCCCACCCCUCUGACUCAGAAAGGAUAAGGCAGUACCUGAUGAGGAAUCCGUGCCCCACCUUGCCUUUUCACCACCAGGUGCCUCCUCCUCACUCAGAUUCUGUGGAAUUCUAUCAGAGACUCUCAACCGAGACACUUUUCUUCAUAUUCUACUACCUGGAGGGCACUAAGGCACAGUAUCUGGCAGCUAAGGCUUUGAAAAAGCAGUCCUGGCGGUUCCACACAAAGUAUAUGAUGUGGUUCCAAAGGCAUGAAGAGCCCAAAACCAUCACAGAUGAGUUUGAACAGGGGACAUACAUUUACUUUGAUUAUGAAAAAUGGGGCCAGAGGAAGAAGGAGGGAUUCACAUUUGAGUACCGGUACCUUGAAGACCGUGACCUGCAGUGACACAAUGAUGGAGGAGGGGGCGGGUGGUAAUAACAGAAGGAUGUACUACUGUUGACAUUCCUAGAUUGACCUCAGAGCAGUGGGAAGGCACAGAAGCUUUUCAGUGUUUUUUGGGAGGGUUGUCAGUUAGUGCACAUGCCUUUGCACCUUUCUUUUCCAUUGAGUUCUGCCCCCUUUACCAUAUUCUUUUUUUAUUUAACUAAAGUUCUUUAUUACCUAAAUGCUGGAAGUAUUUUUUUAAGUGUCAGUGGUGCUUGAAGUGUCAACUCAUUUAGGGCCUGCAAACAGCAGCACCCAGUCAUGUAACACGUGAGGACAGUACAGGACCAAAUCAUUUGACCACUUCCAAUUGUACCCCCAGCAUCCCCCUCUAAUGGUGGUAUGUGUAGCUAGGUUGCCCUAGAUACAGCUGGCCUUUCCCUUUGACACAAGUAUGACUGCAUCUGUCUAUGCAAAGAAAGUCUGCCCCCCCCCCUUCCUUAAAUGUAAAAGACUUUGCUGGGAUCAAACUACCAGCAUUACCAGUGUUUAUAGUGGAUUCUGUCUGUACAAACAGAAUUUAAGCCAAAACCUGAGAAAGUAUAAAGGCCAAAUUGGCAUGUGAGUUGACUGUUUCCCAUGCUAGGCAACUUGUUUUAUAUGCAGACUGAGGAUGCAGUUUCCCUUUUGACAUAGUCCCCCCUUUCUGAGGAGAGGGGAGAAUAGUUUUGUUACAGUCCCUUCCUAGUUAUAGUUAAAACCUGUUCUCCCUGAUUCAAAGUGAAUUAUACUGUCAGUUGUGUUCUUUUAAAUAAUACACCCCUACCUAAAGUUAAAAACCCCAGAAAAGUGGUUAAAUGUGGCAGGCAGGGGGCCUCUUGCAUCAUUCAGUGUAGCAGUUCUCAACGUUGGGUCCUGCAGACCCAUUGUAUAUGCUGGGUUCCCCUACCCCAACUGCUUUUUGUAAAUACUUUUUGUAAAUUUCUUUAAUGACCUAUUGAGUGAUUUGUAUAACUCAAGCAACAUUAAACUGAACAGCAUUUGAGCUUUUAAUUUACAGAGGAACACAAUGUAAAAUUUGGCUCAAUAUACAGUAUGUUCAUGAUUGCAGUUGAGCACUAUGAACACACAAUGCAUGUGUGAUUAAUGAAGCCUGAAACAUACUUCUAAAAUAUUAGAUGUCCACAUACACCCACUACCUUUAUAGACAAUUGAUGGAAAACUGCCCAACUAAUUGUAUAACAACUCAUGAUGUUAAAGAACAGCUCAAAUCAGAGCUAAUAAGUUACACAAAAAAAAAAAAAA